CAAUCUUUUGUUCUAUUUACGUGUUUUAUGUACUGUUUAAAGAGAAAACUAAAGAAAUUAGCCAAUAUUUUGAUGCCACAUUGAACGUGAAUGACAAAAAGCAAGCAACUUGUAACAUUGUGGACAGCUUUGGUUCGGAUUGGAAGUCUCACAAAAUGGACAAAUCAAAUGCCAGUCGUGCGAAAGACAGUGAACUGAUUCCUGAUGAAAUAAAACAAGAAGGUGACAUUAAGUUGGAGCCAGAAUGUGAUGUACCCAUGAUAACAAAGCUUAGACGUGAUUUGGGGCCAAUCAACACUGCCGAAAACAACGAUGAACUGACAAUUGAAGAUUUGUAUGCAACACCUGUUAAAUUGGAGCUCAAAGCAGAAGCUGAAGCCGAUACCAAAGUUGAAUCGACGCCAAAAGUAAGCAAACAAUCAGAUGGAAUUGACACUUUGAAGGGAAACACUGCGAAGAAGCACCAGGCGAAGAAAGAUAGUGCGGCGAAGCAAAGUUCAUCGGUUGAAAAGUCGAAGAAAGGGGAAAUUGGAUUGAAAGGCAGAGCCAAAGCGUUGAUCAAUGCUGCGCAUAGAAAACAGUCUGCGGGAAGAAAGACCAAGAAACAGCACAAGUGCCCGACGUGUGAUUAUGUCACAUCAUGGCCAUCCAAUUUGAAGACGCAUAUGUUGACGCACACUGGCGAGAUGCCGUUCCCAUGCAAAAUCUGUAACAAACGAUUUACACUAAAACACCAUCUUCAAAGACAUUUGAAAACACACCCCGAUGAAUAUCCGUUCAGCUGUUCAGUUUGUCUCAGGAGAUUCGCACAGAAUGUUGAAAGAUUAGAGCACGAAGCCACUUGCGAUGGACGACACUACGAAUGCCACUUGUGCAAGAAGUUCUCUACUUCAAAUACCGGUGAAUUGAAGAUCCACAUUCGUGUGCACUCUGGCGUAAGACCGUUCCGAUGCAGCCUUUGCUCCAAGAAAUUCACACUAAAGACCAGUCUGAUGCGUCAUUCAAAAGUUCACACAAAUCCUCGUCCGGUGAAAUUCCAAUGUUUGGUUUGCGUCCGAAACUUCUCUCAAGAGAUGGAAAAGGAGCAACAUGAAUCGAAGUGUCAAAGUCGACGUUACGAAUGUUACUUGUGCAAAAGCUACGCGACAUCCUAUAAAUCGAGUAUGAUGUUCCACAUGCGUGUUCAUCACACCGGUGUGAACCCAUUCCGAUGUGAAGUAUGA